AUGGCGGACGCUUCUUGUAGCGGAGGAACACCCUUCAAGCGUCUUAUUGACCACCAGGCCCGAGAUGUCAGCCACCAUCAAGACAGACUCAUAGAUCGCGCUGGCCCUCAGGGUCAUUCUUCUUUCAGAUCUACGCCACAACAAAUGCAAGGCGCAGAUGGCUUUGGCGCGUUCAUGGAUGGCCCAUCAACUCUUCCAGGUAUUCCUCAGCAUCAUGCAGCAGGAAGAUUAGCAGCCCAUGCCGCUGUCCUUGAACAAGGACACUCGCCAGCCUUUCACGCUGCGCAAGCGCCACAGUUUCGUCAAGGGCAUCAUUCUCCCUCCGUGGACGUGAGCAACUGGGCAGCAGACUUCAACCGCUUCGCAAAUCAGUCACAGCAGCGUCAACCUCUUCAGAAUGGCUUCGCCCAGCCCGCACCUCAGAUGCAUCAGCCAGCUCCCCAGAUGAACUUCCAAGCCGCAUUUGUUCAACCAAACGCUGCUUUCGCUCCUAUGUAUGGCCAGGCCAACGGUGCCUUCAUGAACGGCAGUGCUGCGACGACUCAAGAGGCUGGGUUUGAUGAUGAGAUGUCAAAGUGGAUGGCUAACAACGCCGGUGGCAGGAUGGAAGAGGUUGACGCCAUGAUGGACCAGAUGGCUCGUGAGCUGGAACUCAAUGACGCAGCAAUAGCACAGGCUGAAGCAGAAGCCUCGCAACAAGAGACAACCACUGAGCCGACAUUGGAGGCCAACUCAACCAAGCUCGCAACACCAGAUAUUGCCAGUCUUUCUCUUGAGACAGAGGAGCCUGUGGUCACAGAGCCUGUUGAGGCGACAAAGACAAAAUCAGAAGUUGCAGAUGCUGCAGAGCGCCUUCUUGAGUCAGUCGAGCAUGAGGAUGGCGAGAAGUGGAAGAACUCAGUCUUCUUGUCGUUAAUGCGAGAUUUCCGAGAUGGAAGGAAAGACAUCAUCGACAAUGAGAUUCGGGAAACCCCGGAAAGCGAGGGGGCUGUUGCGAGAGACGCUCAGUGA